UCCAUUUUUACAUAACGUAUAGAAACAUUUCUCGUUUAUGUUUUCGUGUAACCUAGCGUGAGGGCAAUUGGACGACGAUCUUGAUUUGCUGCAACGAGGGUUAUUAACGAGUCUGGGACACAAUUUCUUUGUACUUUUGCGGAAGAAAUCGAAAUUUGAGGUCGGACACAGAUUGUUUGAUUGCCUCAGAGCAGUAGUUGAGCUCAAACUGGUACGUUUCUGUUGCAAAUCAGCGUUCCUUGUGUUGUUAGUAGUAGCAGAUGAAUCGAUCAUCAAUUAACAAAAUCAUUGUAAGAUCAAUCGACAACGGGAGUCUUAUAUCCAAACUAUCAUUCUCUUCAUCGUCUUCAAUUUCAUCUCUCGAAAACCCAUCAAAUUCUCAGACUAAAUCUCUCUCGAACCCAUUUUACAGUUUCCUUCCUCGUACCCAAAACCCUAAUAAUAUAGUGGAUCUCACUUGCUCAAAUCUCAAACAACAUGGUUCCGAUUUUGCCCUUGUUCAGAAAGAGAUGCAAGGGCUUCUUCCUCACCUGGGGACCCGUGAAAUGUCUAGGGUUUUGUUGAGAUGCCAAUCUGAUUCUUCAAAAGCACUCACGUUCUUUUACUGGAUCAGAAAUGAUCUGGGUCUUAUACCAUCGACUAAGAACUAUUGUAUUAUUGUUCACAUAUUGGCAUGGUCUCGGAAAUAUUCGCAGGCAUCAAAACUGUUAUCUGAAUUGAUAGGGCUGAGUAAGAAUGAUCUGGCAUGUGACAAUGUUUUUGAAAGUUUGGUUCUCUGUACAGAUGAGUGUAACUGGAAUCCAGUUGUUUUUGAUAUGCUUGUUAAGGCUUACGUGAGAGUGGGUAUGACUCAAGAAGGCUUAGAGGCUUUUAGGAAAAUGGUGAAGCUUGGAUUGGUACCUAGUGUUGUUACAUGUAAUUGUCUUUUGGAUGGAUUUUCAAAGUCAAAUUGUACUGGUCACUGCUGGGAAAUCUAUGAAGGCAUGGGGAAAAUUGGGAUACAACCCAAUUCAUAUACUUUUAAUAUAUUGACCCAUGUCUUGUGUAAAAGUGGAGAUGUGGAUAAGACAAAUGAGUUCUUGGAGAAGAUGGAAGAACAAGGGUUUGAUCCUGAUAUUGUGACAUACAAUACUUUGAUUGAUAGUUACUGUAAGAAGGGAAAAUUGAAAGAAGCAUUUUAUUUGUAUAAGAUCAUGUAUAGGAGAGGUGUUAUGCCGGAUCUGAUUUCAUAUACUGCCUUGAUGAAUGGUUUUUGUAAAGUUGGAAAACUAAGAGAGGCUCAUCAGCUUUUACAUAGGUUGAUUCAUAGAGGAUUGACUCCAGAUGUUGUAACAUAUAAUACUCUUAUAUGCGGUUACUGCAAGGAGGGAAUGAUGCAAGAAUCUAGAUUGUUAUUGGUUGACAUGAUUGGCAAUGGGAUUCGUCCUGAUGAUUUCACCUGUUGGAUUCUUGUAGAAGGAUAUGGAAAAGAGGGCAGGUUGCUUUCUGCGCUGAAUGUGAUAGUGGAGCUUGAGAGGUUUGGAGUCAUAGUUUCUGCAGAUAUUUACUAUUACCUAAUUGUUACUUUGUGUAAUGAUAAUAGACCCUGUGCAGCAAAGAAUUUUUUGGAGAGAGUGUCUCGAGCUGGUCACAAGCCUAAAGAGGAAAUUUAUAACGUGUUGAUUCAUUCUCUCUGCAAAUGCAAUUUUAUCGAGGAGGCAUUACUGUUGAAAGCUGAGAUGAUUUGUAAGGAUAUGAAGCCUAAUUUAGUUGCUUAUAAGUCUCUUAUAGGCUGCCUGUGUGCAUUAAAUAGAAGUACUGAGGGUGAGAACUUAACGAGAGAAAUGAUUGAAUUUGGUGCAAGUCCUGAUAUUGCAACUUGCAGAACUUUGAUAAAUGGGCUCUGCAGGGAAAGAAACCUUUGUAAAGCAGAAUCCCUACUUUUCUUAUUUGCUGAGGAAUUUCAAAUUUGGGACACAAAUAGUUGUAAUUCAAUCCUUAAGAUUCUCUGUGAGGGGGGAGAUGUUGGUAAGUUGAUGGAGUUUCAGGAUAACAUGAUGAAAGUGGGCUUCGCACCGAAUAGCCUUACAUUCAAGUAUGUAAUACAUGGGAUAUCUAAAUCUGUAAGAUCAGAAGAAAAUGCAUCUUUGACUGGGAAAUGCUGAAAAACAAUGGAAACUUGGUAGGAUGACUGAUGAUUCUAGCUCCGGGAUCUGGAGUAUAUCAAAUGCCUAUAUCUGGAUGUCCAUGCACUUGAGUAUAUUGCAGGACUGAGCCCAGGGCCCUAAUCCUGCUGGUUGGCUGUGGCCACAGGGCAAAGGCUGAGAAUUAAAAUGAAUUACAGAUUAAUACGAGAAGGACAAAGUUUGAAGGAUGCAAGUGAGCUUAUGGAAUCAUAUCAUGGCAUCCACCAUCUCCCUUAGCUAUUAUUUUCUACCCAAAAUCUCUUGAAAGCUCCUGGUUUAGACUUGCUGUGCUGAAGAAACAAUAUGAAGGUGCAACUGGUUGCAAAGGUGCUUAUUUUCACUGUACUGUGCUGUUGUUUGCUGUAAGUCAGUUGUCUAUGCCUUGAGAGAUGAGAAGGUGGCACUUGAUCUGCUGAUUUUCUCUGAAACACCAACAGGCACAAAUUUCUAGUUGUGAGUAGAAUGAUGCCAAGCAGCCUCCAGCAAUAUGGAUGUGGUGUGACAAUCUGCUAUCUGGAACACACAUGCACAACCUCAAGAGAAGGUCCAGAUUUGGGAAUCAUGAAAAGGUGACAGUUUUGCUCGUAAAUGUUCUCCCUUCACUUACUGUAUGUUUGCGUUUCUUGAUGGAUGUCAUGAAGUGACACUGUGCUGUACAGCUUGAUUUUUCCAUAUGUGUGAUGGUGACAUUGGAAUUGUUUUCUUCAUCUCGUUGUAUAAGAAUUCUGCAUAUUCAUUCUUUGGGCGUGGGAGAAUUGAAUUAGAAGUCAUCUUGCAGAAAUGAUUUUUUAAGUAUGACUUGAGUUGGGGUAUGGAAUAUGAGUUGGACACUUGAAAUAUAAGUGGUGAAGUCAAAUUUCCGUUCUUUAUUUGAAAAAUAUUCUUUAAACAACCGAGAGCACUGCUACAUGGUUGUUUCUCCUAUACAUUGUCACCUUGUUCAUCAAGUUUAUUUUAUAUAUUAAGUUUUUUGACUUUCUUUUCUUAAAAGAUUGUAUGCUUGCAGUCUCUUUGCUAUUACAAUGGUUGUGUGCUACCACUAUAUACUUGCUUUGUAAGGCCUGGGAUAUCAGUAACUCUCUCUUUGGGAUUUUCCAGAUAACAAGUUUUUGUGCUUCAUUUCUUCUGACUUAAUCCAGUUGUUCUCGUGCUUUUUAUUGAAGCUGGAAAGUACCAUGAAUAAGUGAGAACAUCCUAGAUUUUUAAAGUUGGUUAUAGCACUGAAAUUUUACUUAAUGGUAGCUACUUAAACGUCUGCAUCAUGGUAGUCACUAUGCAGACCAUGGAAUUAAAACUAUUUUUUAAGCUUGUUUUGGCAUAUGCACACAUCUUUAGGCUGGCUGUGCCAGGUGCGUUAGAAGAUAAGAUUGCCUUAUGGCCCUUAUCCGUCCUACGGCACUGACUGUUGUAGGGAUAAAUUUACAACUAAUCGAAUUUGAUUAUGUCAAGUAUAAUGAGGAAAAUACUUUAUGGGUUGUGGUAGUCCCGAAAGAUUUAUUUGUUUGUGCAGCAUCUGUUGAUUUUAGCCAUGUGAUGUGUGGAGUGUGGUGAUUGAUACUUUUGAGGAAACUGCAUCUUGGCUUGUGACACUGCUGAAAGUGUUAUUUCUGUCUCUAUACUGUAAACAUUUAAUAAUUGUAACUACCAGCAUGUUAAAUUUGAGAUUGAGCAACUCCAAUGGCAAUGAAUUUAUUUAAAUGAAGAACUAGAGUGCGAAGUCAAACUUGGGCAAUCUGCUUGGUUUAUAGGGUGGUUGGUCUGAAGUUGAAGGACAGUUGAUCUUGAAUCUGAAGAAUCUGUUGGUGAUAAAUGUUUUCUACUGCGUUAAUGCUGCUUUAUUUACUUUACCAUGUGGUUGUUACUAGGGGAUUUCUUUAAUAGAAAUGGCGAUUUGAACUUAGCUGAGGCCUGCUUAA